AGCGGACCAAAGAAUAGUAAAAAGCGCAAGAUGUCCGGCCGCGAUGAAAACGGCUUUCCGCUUCCGGCGGAACUGUUGGUGGAGGUCUUCCAGACAUUGGACUCCAUCGGACGCGUUCGCUUACGACUUGUUUGUCAGCUGUGGGACACUCUUCUCACCACGGAAGGCUACUUCCCCGAUGUGCGCGUGUCCGUUCAUGGAUGCGCCGGUUCUGGCGCGGCGCAUUUCGCGGAGGACGGUCUGUACUGGGUGGUGGCGUGCCUGUUGAAAUGCUUGAGUGACCGCAGCAAGAUGCUGGUCCUGAGCAAGCUGGAGUUAUUCGAGUGCCGAGACCUAAUCGCUCCUGUCAAUCACGCUCGUCCCGGCCGCCGCCUGCCGGCGCUGGUGUUGCACGACUGCGAUGUGAGCGAAGCCGUUGACAGUGUCCAAGAGGUUAUGGAGUCCGUGGUCGAUCUGGCCGUGGAUUAUCGGUGCGAGCGAAUGGUGUGGGUGAAAGGCCGCUUUUCCGUCGGCACGCUGAAAGCGGUUGUCCCGCAGCACGUUUUCAGCGGCCAGUCGAAGGAGCAGAUGCAGGUGGCGCUGUGGGAUCUCUUGGAGAGCCACCUGGUUCUGGAAAAUCCGCUGGAUUGGCCGACCAUCGCGCGCUGGAUCGCUGGCUCCCUCGGGAAACUGCACAACGAUACUGUUCCGACAAUUUUACAGGGUCUGCAGGAAUACCAGAGCGGGGAUCCGCGUCCCUCCACGCGCUAUCGCGGUCGCCAGUGGACCCAGUCCGACCUCGCCCAGCUGGACGUCGCGACGCUGACCACGUUGACUGUGGCGUUUCUCCAGGAAACCAUGGAUGACUGAUCGCGCCGGUUAUUUUCGGACUGGGACGAACGACUGUCCGACGUUCCCGUUUCUGGUGGGCGCCGCUGUAAACUGACGCGCUUCUAGCCGCAAUGAGCGGAUUAGAAUCACUUGGCCUAAUGUCCCUCUG